AUGCUAAUCUGUUUUUCAGGGAUUAUGUUUUUGUGUGUGACUUUUCUGAUUCUUUACAGUUUUUUGGAAUCACAAUCAGAGAGUUUAAAGGUGGUUGGUCCCGAAGCUCCUCUUGUUGCUGUAGCUGGUGAUGAUCUACUUCUGCCCUGUUUUAUUAAACCCAACAACAGCGCUGUGGACAUGAGAGUGGAGUGGUUUAAACUAGAUGCAGUGAACUCAUUAGUGCAUCUCUAUGAGAAUCAUGAAGACAGAAAUGAAAAGCAAGCUCAGUCCUACAAAGGAAGAACAUCACUGUUCAAAGAGGAGCUCCAGAGAGGCGAUGCUUCACUCAAACUCUCAGCGCUUCAAGUCACUGAUGAAGGAGAAUACAAGUGUUUUAUUGAGGACAAAUCCGGGUUUGAUGACACCACUGUUCAAAUCAUUGUCGAGGUUAAGGGAAGCCACCCAGUGAUCAUGAUGGAGAGUUAUGAUAACUCAGGAGGGAUUAAUCUAGUGUGUGAGUCCAGAGGCUGGAACCCUUCACCUGAUGUUCAGUGGUUGGACAGAGAAGGAGCUCCUCUAACUGCUGAAGAGACACAGAUACACAGAGAGACUGAAGGCUUCAGUGUGAAACGCCGCAUCACUGUUUAUGAUUAUAGUGACUCCAACAGAUUUUACUGCAGGUUUCAACAAACUCAUCACAUGAUUGAGGCAGAGGUUAUUAUUAAUGGUAAAGUCUUUGAUGCUUGGAAGUGGAUUGUCGUGAUUUCAUUUUCUGCAUGUCUUUUUACUGUUGGAUGGAUAGUAACUGCAGUCAUUUUUCGCAAGAAAGUGCUGCAGCGACGGAUGAUGGAACAUGAGUUAGCAGAGAUGAAGACUUUUGAAGACCCACAGAGAAAGAGGGUGGAAGACGAAUUAGCAAGAAAGAAGCAGUAUUCAGUGGAUGUGACUCUGGAUCCUGAUACGGCUCAUCCUAAUCUCAAAGUGUCUGAGGAUGGAAAACAAGUGACAUGUGGAAACACACCUCAGGAUCUCCCUGAUAAACCGCAGAGAUUUGACUAUGGUCCCUUUGUUCUGACAAAGCAGAGUUUCUCUUCAAGGAGAUUUUAUUAUGAGGUGCAGGUCAGUGGGAAAACUGAGUGGACAUUAGGAGUCGUGAGAGAGAGCAUUAACAGGAAGGAGACGAUUACACUGAAUCCUCAGAAUGGGGUCUGGACUAUUGAACUGAGGAAUGAGAAUGAGUAUUGGGCUAAUGCUGAUUCUGAUGUGCUUCUUACACUAAUGGACAAGGUGGAGAAGGUGGGGGUGUUUGUGGAUUAUAUGAAGGGUCAGGUCUCCUUUUAUGAUGUGAAAGCCAGAUCUCAUAUUUUCUCCUUCACUGCUCAGUCUUUCAAUGAGAAACUCUAUCCACUCUUCAGUCCUCGUGAAGAGGAUAAUAAUUUAGCACCGCUGAUCAUCACUGCUGGUAACGAAUAAAUAUCUAUUUUAUAUUCUAUCCCAUUUUAAUCUUUCUUAUAAGAUGAAUAUCAAUUUAAAACAUUAAAAAAAUAUA